AUGGCAACGCCAUAUAAUAACAACGAAGAAGUCGAUGGUAUCUCAUCUGGUAAUAUACACAAUGCCACUUGUGAUAGUUGUCGAUCCCGUCGUAUCUACAGUGAUAGAUACAAAUGUCUACAAUGUAACGACUAUGACCUAUGUGGUAAUUGUUUUGAAGAACGAUGUCAGACAAAAUCGCACUCCAGUGGCCAUGCAAUGGUUCAUUUUAAAAUUCCAAACGAACUGUUCGGUCAGUACUUUCCUAGUCCAAGCGAAGUCACACUAAAAAAACUAGCUGAACUAUUCUCAAACAAAAAGCAUAAUAUCAAAUGUAGCGGCUGCUCAGUGGAAAUCGUCGGUGUUCGAUUCAAAUGUGAUAUUUGUCAUAAUUACAAUUUAUGUUCGAAAUGUAUGCAACAAGGAGUUGUCAGUAAAAAUCAUCAACAAACUCACCCACUAGUAGUUGCCAGCAGUCAAAGUCUGCUUAAAGUCGAUAUAAAUGAUAUUGUUAAAAAGGAAGAACUUGGCCGUGGAGCGUUCGGUCAGGUAUAUAGGGCUGUUUGGUUGUCAAAAAAACGCGAAGUAGCAUGCAAAGUAAUCCAAGUGACAGCACAUAGACUUCAUUUAGAAGAAAGCUUUCGCAAGGAAUUAGAUGCUUACGCUGAACUAUCAGGAGCUUAUAUUCUCAAAACAUUUGGCUAUGGAGAACGUCUAAUGGUCAAUGGCAGCAAAGAAUGUUUUUUGAUAACUGAAUUCAUGCAUCGUGGUAGCCUUGCAAAUGUCAUUCAUAACGACAUUGAAAAAAUUUCACUUCGACGAAAAUUAACAAUGGCCUGCCAUGUUGUAAGUGGUAUGCGUAAACUACACGGGCAUACAAUGAUUCAUCGUGACAUACGCCCUGAUAAUAUUCUUGUUUCAAGCAAUUAUACCGCAAAAAUUGGUGAUAUGGGCAUAGCACGUGUCUUCGAUCCUAAUGAAAAGCAUACACUAAUGGGUUGUAUGCCAUUCAUGCCACCUGAAUUUCACAGAGGUGAUGGUGAUUAUGAUCAAUCACUCGAUGUUUUUACAUUUGGAUUGACAUUAAAUGAAUUAUUUACUGAAAAACUUCAUCGAUUCAUUCAAGCCUCUAAACGUAUUCAGAUUACUAAGGAAAGUCCUAUCUUUUUCGAUCUGAUUACUAGCUGUAUUAAUAAUGAAUCUUCUCAACGUCCAACAGCUACUGAAAUAGAAGACAUUUUAAAUAAAUAUCGGCGAGCUGCAGAUAAAUAUAUAAAAGAAGAACAUCCCAAUUACACCAGCCAAACACUUGCGGCCAAAGAUGCCAUUUUUAUAAAGUUUUACAGUGAACAUCAUAAACUGCAGAAAGAGGAACCGAAACAAAUCUAUGUGCUACCACCAAAGUCUCACUUCAGUUCGGCUUUAGUCCACCAAUAUUUCGACGAUAUGAUGAAACAAUUUAAUAAUAUUCGACAUCAUAUCGAUGUUCGACGAUCAAAACAUCAGCAGCCAAUCCCACAAAAAGUCAAAGAGUUGAAAUACUUUGAUAAUGAAUCCAUGGAUGAUCACGAUCAACGGAAGAAACCUGCACCAAUAAAAAUUGAUCAAAGACCAGCCCGAUGUCCUAGUCCACCAUCGGAUUUUCUUCGACUUCCAAUGGAGAAUCACCAACAAUUUCUCAAUUUAGUCCAACAUAAACGAUCACGUACACCAACUCCUAUGUCUCCAAGUUUUGACAAUCAAGCGCAUCAGGCACAUUUUUUCCGUCGAAUAGAUGAAGUUCGGUGUAUUAGCGCAAAUAAUAUGGUCAAUCAACGUCAUAUUGAAAUGAACUGGAAUGCCGAUUUUGAUCAAAAAUUUCCUGACUUUCAGCGGAUGAGGAGAGAGUUCAAAUAG